UUUUGACUUCAGAUAUUUCUUGGUAAACAUUUAGAGCACAAAUCUAAUGUGAUGCGGGUGGUGGAAGGAGGCGGAAAGCUGAAAGAUCCUGGUUGGCAAACCCAGUGGGGAAGAUUCGGAUUUUAAAUCCGAGCCCAGAGCAAAAUGACAUGCACUCAGCGUGUAAUUUAAUGCAGCCCCAUUCAUAUUCACUGAGCCACACAUCCAGAACACCCAAACCUAAAGCUGCUGGCAGUCGGAGCCCUGCCAGCGAGUGCCCUGUCAGCCAUUCCUGAAUCAAAUGCUCACAUAGUCAUCCACACAUUAGACAGGGGUAUUUCCUGGGACGUGAGCCAUAGGGGGCAUCAGCAGUAUUCCUGGCCAGCAUGCCCUCAUGACUGAGAGGAAAGGAAGAGUUCAGGGCUUACACAGAGGAAGGCGGACCCUGUCAGAUGAGCUGAACAAUGACUGCAAUGUAGGGACAAACAGUUGACAUCAUUGUUGGAGGACGAUCCUCCUGUUGGCAGAGUCUAGAGCAAAGCCGGCCCAGGGGUCACAGACAGGGACAGGGGGCUGGGAGGGAAACACAAAUAAAAGCAGAGGAGGAGAACCCACAGCACCGAUCUCAGACCAGACUUCAGCUCUGCUCACGCACCAGUACUGCCCUCAUAUCACCAUGGACAUUCCUAUUCAGUACCCCUGGUACCGCCGGGCCCUGCCGAGCCGCUUCGCUGACCUCUCCUUGGCAGAACCUCUCAUUGACUGGCCAAUUAUGUGGCCCUUCUCCUGGUCGUUCCCCUGGAUACGCCCUUCCUUCAUGCGGUGGGUCAACUGGCCAGAGAAUGGUCACUCUGAGAUGCGCCUGGAGAAGGACCGCUAUGUGAUUUACCUGGAUGUGAAGCACUUCUCCCCUGAUGAGCUGUCCGUCAACGUCUCAGACGAAUUCAUCACCGUUCACGGGAAACACGAAGGCAGAGAGGACGACCACAGCUUCGUGUCCAGAGAGUUCCUGAGAAAGUACAGGCUCCCAUUCGGUGUGACAGGAGCCAACGUUACCUCGAACCUCACCUUCGAUGGCGUGCUGACCAUCACGGCGCCUCGCUCCUCUCAAGGACAGGAACGCAGCAUUCCCAUCUCCUGUGAUGAUGGAACACAGAAGUAGAAGGAGAGUAGACUCUGGAUCCUUGAGUCUCUUCAACUACUAACCCAAGUGCUUUUCUUACUUCAUAUUUAACCUGUUAUGUUACUGUAACAGUUCUCACAGAGGUCAGGUGUCUACUGGAAACCAUGGCAACAGAGUCUGACUCACUGUGAAUUUGUGUUUUUAGGGAAGAUUUACAAAAUAAAAAAUUCCCUGAGACUCAAAAUGUGUUCACAUCUACAGUAAAGUCAAAUAUAUUUAUUACCAAUGAGAUGGUCAAAUUUAAAUUAAUGCUUAUUUUUUACUAAUACAAGCAUAAUUACUGAGAUUUAAACCAUGAAGUGGGCUGCGGGUUUUGCGAGCAAACAAUAACUCAGAUUUGCUCUGAUGAUGACUAAAUUGCAUGAACCAAAUUUGAUUAGACACAAACUGAGCUCUGUGAGAAGAUCCUCGGUCUGUAUGUGUAGGGAAGUUUUAUUUAGGGUCAGUUUUAGUUUGUAACAAAAAGAGAAAAGCCACAGAGGGACCUGGGACCAGGUGAAGUGAGCUGCAGCAAAACUUUCAGAAGAUGCUGAAUGAGUAUGAAAAACGACAAGAUGACCUCCAUCAUCGGGCUUCUGGUUCACAACUUCUGAGCUGCUAAAGAUAGUUUAAAUGUGCUGGAUGUACAGUGCAUUUGUACUUGUGGAUUAAAAAUGACUUGUCUGUAACUCUGACAACAACCUUCUGACAUUAGCAAAGAAAACAAUAAAAAAACAGUUAAAUGCA